AUUCUACUCCAUUCAAGGGCAUCCGCUAUUGUUGCAAAAAAGGAAGGAAAAAUUCCAUUUUCCAUCCAUUUGCAUUUGGAAUUAACGGGUACUUCUCAUCAAUGGAGGAUGAUAAUGGAAGAGGGAUCUCCGAGGAGAAACGGCCGCCGCAGGGGGCAUCUUAUACUUAUUGGGUCAGGGAAGCCACGGCGGAUGCAGCGCCUCUCCCUCUUCCUAAGAAACUCUCCCAAAAUGAUAUAGUUUCUUCGCAAUCUCAGUCCCCCACUCUGGGUUCCGUUUGGAAUCGGGCUGGAACUUGGGAAGAGAAAAGCCUUAAUAAAUGGGCAACUGAUAGGAUAAAGGAGCUGCUUGUGUCAGCUGGCACCUUGGAGUUCUCCAGUGGCAAGGCAGAAAUAGCUGAAGUUUCCAAAUGUUUUGGUGAUGCAUUUUUGGUGACUGUCAGGAACAAGAAAAGAGUUGGUUAUAAUUAUGAGUUGACAUUGAAAAUCAAAGGGGAGUGGACUGUCAAAGAGGAGAAAAAGAUGGUCAAGGCUCACAUUGAUGUCCCUGAGUUUUCUUUUGGUGAACUAGAAGACUUGCAGCUGGAAGUGCGGAUUAGUGAUGAGAAGGAUCUUUCACAGCAAGAUAGGCUGCGGAUUAGUGAGGAUUUGAAACUUUUUCUGCAGCCUGUCCGGGAAAAAUUGCUUCAGUUUGAAGGGGAACUCAAAGAUCGGUAGUUAGUGAGGCCAGCACAGGCAAUUUCCUCGGGAACCUUAGCAUGUGAUAGUGGAUUGUAACACAAUUUAUUCCUAGUUGUUAGCAACUGAUUUAUUUUACAAUACUUGUAUGGACCAUGAGGUCAAGAAGGCAAAAAUGCUUUCUUGGUUAGGACUAAUAUUGAUGAAUUUUGGGGUCCCAAUUGAAUUGGACGGCACAUUGUAUGAUUGCAUUUGGGUUUUUGAGUUUUGGAAAUGGAUUGGAACUGUCA